CGCACACACACUAAACUGCAGGGUCGAGCAGAGAAGAACAAACAGAUUUAAACAAACUUUAGUGAGUUUGAUCGGAUUAAACUCUUCAGGCGGCACCGAUGGGCGGAGCCUCGUCUCAGCACGGCGGCUCUUCUGCGAGGUCCCGGCGGCGGGGCGUGGAAAGGGAGGACCCCACGGACGGCGCGGACGACGACGACUCUCUAGACGGUAGGGACCGACAGGAGGACAUCGCCAAGUUCCCCUACGUGGAGUUCACGGGCCGUGACAGCAUCACCUGUCCCACCUGUCAGGGGUCGGGGCGGAUCCCCUCGGGUCAGGUGAACGAGCUGGUGGCGUUGAUUCCCUACAGCGAUCAGAGGCUGCAACCUCAGAGAACGAAGCUGUACAUGGGACUGUCGGUGGUGGUGUGUUUGCUGGUCUGCUCCCUCGUCACCUUCUUCAUGUUCCCCCGGCCGGUGCUGGUGGAGGACGGAGGGAUUCGAUCUGUUCUCAUUCACUUCGACCACACCAACAGCCGAGUCCUCAUCAACAUGACCAGCGGUCUGCACUUUAAUAACGGGAACUUCUUCACGGUGCUGGUGAACAGCGUGAGCAGUCAGAUCCUCUACAUGAAGACGGUGAUCGGGACACAACAGCUGGACAACGUCAUCAGCAUCCAGCCGCUCAGCCAGAUCAAGAUGAAUUUUACAGUCAGUGUGGAGAUCAGUGGUUCUCUCUCCUAUGUGUAUGCUUUCUGCACUAUGGCCAGCAUUAAGGUUCAUAACAUCGUGGUCUUCAUGCAGACCUCAGUGAAAACGUCGUACGUGGUGCGCAGCGCUCAGAACACCCUGGAAGCGUAUCGCUACAUCGACUGCGGCGCCAACUCCUCCGUACGCCACCCGCCCCAGCUGCACGGCACCGACCUGCCCCUCACCGAGCCGGGCGUCUGGGCGUCUGCGCUCGCCCUGUAAAGUCGCUGUUCAAUACAAAUAAACACGAAUAUAAGAACUGCA